CUGCUUUUACAUCACUGUCUUGGCUCCACCCCUCUGUUUUUCUUUCUAAAAAUAUUUCACACUCUUUUUUGUCCUUGAACACCCACUUUUUGUCCCACAGUGCUAUGCACAUAUUUGUAGGAUAGGUCACCCUGGGCUGCACACUGAGCACAUUCUUCCCUUCCCUGCUCAUUUCUAGUCCUUUUGGAAUAGUUUUCCAUAUUUCAGUGUCCUUUCCAUUGUAUUUGAAAGGCUUUCUCUGGAUGCCUUUUAGAACUCACUGAACCUGGAGGACCUGGAAGUGUAACAGAGGAAGACAGCACAGAAAGGAAUGAUGAAAGCAGGUUGGAAUGAGGAGAACAUACCCCAGUAAAGGGGCACAAUGGAGCAGUCAGUUAGAAAAGUCCCAAAGAUGCUGAGCCUGGAGUUGGUGACAUUCAAGGAUGUGGCUGUGGACUUCACCCCAGAGGAGUGGGGCCUCUUGGACCAUCCUCAGAAGGAGUUGUACAAGGAGGUCAUGCUGGUGAAUGCCCAGAACCUGCUCUCCGUGGGUCUGCCAGUUCCCAGAGAAGAUCUGAUUUGUUAUUUGGAGGAAAGGGAAGCACCAUGGCUGCUGGAGCAAGAAGGCCUGAGGAGCUGCUGUCCAGGUCCCGUCAGGGGAGAGAAACCAUAUGAAUGUAAUCAAUGCAGAAAGGCUUUUAGAAGUGCCUCUGAACUUACUGUACAUCUAAGAAUCCACACUGGAGAAAAACCUUAUGAAUGCAAGCAGUGUGGAAAGGCUUUCCGUUGGAGGAACAAUCUUGCUGCACAUCAGAGAAUCCACAGUGGAGAGAAACCAUAUGAAUGUAAUCAAUGCAGAAAGGCUUUUAGAAGUACCUCUGAACUUACUGUACAUCUAAGAAUCCACAGUGGAGAGAAACCUUAUGAAUGUAAUCAAUGUGGAAAGGCUUUCCGUUGCAGGAACACUCUUGUUGAACAUCAGAGAAUCCACAGUGGAGAGAAACCUUAUGAAUGUAAUCAAUGUGGAAAGGCUUUCCGUUGCAGGAAAAAUCUUGUUGCACAUCAGAAAAUCCACACUGGAGAGAAACCUUAUGAAUGUAAUCAAUGUGGAAAGGCUUUCCGUUGCAGGAAAAAUCUUGCUAUACAUCAGAAAAUCCACACUGGAGAGAAACCUUAUGAAUGUAAUCAAUGUGGAAAGCUUUUCCGUUGCACGAACAAUCUUGCUGCACAUCAGAGAAUCCACACUGGAGAGAAACCUUAUGAAUGUAAUCAAUGUGGAAAGGCUUUCCGUUGCAGGAACACUUUUGCUGAACAUGAGAGAAUCCACACUGGAGAGAAACCUUAUGAAUGUAAUCAAUGUGGAAAGGCUUUCACACGGAGAUCCCAGCUUGCUAAACAUCGGAGAAUCCACACUGGAGAAAAACCUUAUGAAUGUUAUCAAUGUGGAAAGGCUUUCAUUUGCAGCUCCAGUCUUGCUAAACAUCAGAAAAUCCACACUGGAGAAAAAUCUUAUGAAUGCAAGCAGUGUAGAAAGGCUUUCACACAGAGCUCUGUUCUUGCUGCACAUCAGAAAAUCCACAUUGGAGGAAAACCUCAUGAAUGUGAUCAAUGUGGAAAGGCUUUCCGUUGCACGAACAGUCUUGCUGCACAUAAGAGAAUCCACAGUGGAGAGAAACCUUAUGAAUGUAAUCAAUGUGGAAAGGCUUUCAGUUACAGCAGCAGUCUUCGUAAACAUCGGAAAAUCCACACUGGAGAAAAAUCUUAUGAAUGCAAGCAGUGUAGAAAGGCUUUCACACAGAGCUCUGUUCUUGCUGCACAUCAGAAAAUCCACAUUGGAGGAAAACCUCAUGAAUGUGAUCAAUGUGGAAAGGCUUUCCGUUGCACGAACAGUCUUGCUGCACAUAAGAGAAUCCACAGUGGAGAGAAACCUUAUGAAUGUAAUCAAUGUGGAAAGGCUUUCAGUUACAGCAGCAGUCUUCGUAAACAUCGGAAAAUCCACACUGGAGAAAAAUCUUAUGAAUGCAAGCAGUGUAGAAAGGCUUUCACACAGAGCUCUGUUCUUGCUGCACAUCAGAAAAUCCACAUUGGAGGAAAACCUCAUGAAUGUGAUCAAUGUGGAAAGGCUUUCCGUUGCACGAACAGUCUUGCUGCACAUAAGAGAAUCCACAGUGGAGAGAAACCAUAUGAAUGUUAUCAAUGCAGAAAGGCUUUCCGAAGUUCCUCUGCACUUACUGUACAUCUAAGAAUCCACACUGGAGAAAAACCUUAUGAAUGCAAGCAGUGUAGAAAGGCUUUCACACAGAGUUCCCAUCUUGCUGUACAUCAGAGAAUCCACAGUGGAGAGAAACCUUAUGAAUGUAAUCAAUGCAGAAAGGCUUUUAGAAGUACCUCUGACCUUGAUGUACAUCUGAGAAUCCACAUUGGAGAAAAACCUUAUGAAUGUAAUCAAUGUGGAAAGGCUUUCCGUUGCAGGAAAAAUCUUACUGAACAUCAGAGAAUCCACACUGGAGAGAAACCUUAUGAAUGUAAUCAAUGUGGAAAGGCUUUCCGUUGCAGGAAAAAUCUUACUGAACAUCAGAGAAUCCACACUGGAGAGAAACCUUAUGAAUGUAAUCAAUGUGGAAAGGCUUUCCGUUGCAGGAACAAUCUUGCUGCACAUCAGAAAAUCCACACUGGAGAGAAACCUUAUGAAUGUAAUCAAUGUGGAAAGGCUUUCACACAGAGUUCCCAUCUUGCUAAACAUCUGAGAAUCCACAGUGGAGAGAAACCGUAUGAAUGUCAUCAAUGCAGAAAGGCUUUCCGUUGCAGGAACAAUCUUGCGGCACAUCAGAGAAUCAAUACUGGAGAGAAACCUUAUGAAAAACCUUAUGAAUGUAAUCAAUGUGCAAAAGCUUUUAGAAGUACCUCUGACCUUGCUGUUCAUCAGAGAAUCCACACUGGAGAGAAACCUUAUGAAUGUAAACCUUGUAGAAAGGCCUUUACACAGAGCUCCAGUCUUUCUGCACAUCAGAAAAUCCACACUGCAGAGAAACCUGAUGAAUGUAAUCAAUGCAGAAAGGCUUUUAGAAGUACCUCUGACGUUGCUAGAAUCCAUACUGGAGAGAAACCUUAUGAAUGUGAACAGUGUAUGAACGCUUUCACAAAGAAGCCCUAUCUUACUACACAUCAGAGAAUCCACACUGGAGAGAAACCUUCUGAAUGUAAACAGUGUGGAAAGGCCUUCACACAGAGCUCUGAUCUUGCUGCACAUCAGAGAAUCCACACUGGAAAGAAAAUUUAUGAAUGCCAUCAAUGUGGAAAUGCUUUCAGUUGUAGCUUGAAGCUUACUCAACAUCAGAAAAUCCAUUCAAGAGAAACCUUAUGA